CUCUGCGACUCCCUUCUUCGUCUCCCGUUUGGAUUCAGAAAUGGUGGGGAUUCCGGAGGCUGCAGCCGGACAUAUCGGCAGCGGAGUAACUGACGGCGGUCCACCAGCACUCAGCUGCGGUUCGAGGGCCGCCGCUCCUGUAGCAGUGGCGGGGAGGAGGAUACGCCCAGGACAGACCGAAGGCCGGAUCGCCCCUCGCCGGAGCGAACGGCGCGAGCUAUAAGUCGAUGUCGCCAGCUCAACUCCGGAUCGCGCGGCGCCGUGCUUUACGAUACACCCUGGGUUUAGCCCCCCCCGCUCUCCUCGAAUCCCCCAUCCUCCUUACCAACACGAAGGUUGAGCCUUCUCCAACUACUGUAACCCUCAAUAUGUCCUCUGCCAUGGAUAAAACUAUUUGUUCAGACACCUUAUCUUCUCAAAGGCAUACUUCUGAUGUCAGUGCAUAUGAUGGAAGGAAUCCUGAAGAUUUUCAGUUCAAACCUCAAGUUGGAGCAUCUUAUAGUCUAGGCCUAUCUUCAUUAAGACCUAUGGUUUCUGCAGGCUUGAUCAAAAAAGAGCAUGAGCCUUCUAUGCAGAGUCAAAAUCAAUCUCAAGGUCAGAACCUGGUUGCGUCUGAAAAUGAAUCAAUUCUAUCAGAAUCUGUUCCGAAUUCAGCUAUUGAAGGAACCAAUUUGAGAGUUUAUCUGCCAGCUGAAGCAGCUUCUGGUGAAUUACAGCUGACAAAAUGUUCAGUGCAAAAGACACGGAUGUUUCAGUCUGAUCCAAGUGAACCUAUAUCAUCCAAGUAUACUUGAAAAAUCUGCAGAAGAUGGCUAUAACUGGAGAAAGUAUGGGCACAAGCAUGUCAAAGGUAGUGAAUAUCCUCGGAGCUAUUACAAAUGCACACAUCCUACUUGUGAAAUGAAGAAACAAAUGGAACGUUCUGAUGGACUGGUCACUGGAAUCAUCUAUAAAGGUCAUCAUGAUCAUCCUAAGCCCCAAUCUAGUUGUCGUUUAGCAGCUGGUACAAUGCUCUCCUGCCAUGAAGAGGAAAAAACUGAUAAAUUGUCUUCUUUAAUGAGUGUUGAAGAUGAGUCAACAAAUGCACCUGACCACACGUAUCAUCAGAUUGAUCCAAACAGUAUUACUGAGUCUCCUUAAACUGGUGGAGGGCAAUCCAAUGAUUGUGAUGAGGUCGCUGUAGAUGGUAAUUUGGAGUCCAAACACAGGUGCCCUCUUCUAUUUCGUGAUUAAGGAGCCUCGUGUUGUUGUGCAAACACUGAGUCAAGUUGAUAUCUUGGAUGAUGGGUAUCGUCGGCGGAAAUAUGGGCAGAAGAUAGUUAAA